AUGGCAUCGACACCGUUUGUGAAUGUUUCAGAUGUACCGGAACCUGCCACACAUCGUUUAACAAUGGAAGAGGUGUAUGGAUCUUCUUCCCAUGGCCAUCCUGACGCGGAAAAAAUUCGAAACCAUUUGUUGGCGGAAGGCAGACUGGAAGAAACUGUCGCUAUUCGUCUGCUGCAAGAUGUGGAGCGCGUGCUGCACAGAGAACCGACUCUGCUCUCCGUUCCCGCCCCCGUGACAAUCUGCGGGGACAUUCACGGUCAGUACUACGACCUGAUGACCCUCUUCCGGAACGGCGGUCACCCACAGAAUACACGCUAUCUCUUCCUGGGCGACUACGUGGACCGCGGCUAUUUCGGCAUGGAAUGUGUGCUGUAUUUGUUCGCUUUAAAGCUCAAUUAUCCGGAAACAUUUUUCAUGAUUCGCGGCAACCAUGAAUGUCGCCAUCUAACGGAGCAUUUCACAUUCCGUGAGGAGUGCCUGAUCAAGUACAGCGAACCAGUUUACGAUGCCUGCAUGCAGGCGUUCGACGCACUGCCGCUCGCGGCGGUGAUGAAUCAACAGUUUUUGUGUGUGCAUGGCGGAUUGUCCCCGCAGCUGCAUACUUUGGCUGAUUUUGACAAGAUUCACCGCUUUCAGGAGCCGGACAGUGCCGGUUUAAUGUGCGAUUUAUUGUGGGCGGAUCCAGCGGAGGAUUUUGGGAAAGAAGAGGGGAACGAAUUCUUUCUUCCCAAUACAACACGCGGCUGCUCGUAUUUCUACACGUACGCUGCGUGUUGCGAUUUUCUACGGCGCAAUCACCUGUUGGGAGUAAUUCGCGCUCACGAAAUCCAGGACACCGGUUUCAAGAUGUAUCGCAAACAAAGAUCCGCCGAUUUUCCCGCGCUCAUUACGAUAUUCUCCGCGCCGAAUUAUCUGGACGUAUACAAGAAUAAAGCCGCGAUUCUGAUUUACACCAUAAAUAAAGCCGGAAAAAAUGAAAUGAAUAUUAGGCAAUUUAACUAUGUAACUCAUCCGUAUUGGUUGCCUAAUUUCAUGGACGUUUUUACAUGGUCAUAUCCCUUCGUGGCGGAGAAGACCACCGAGAUUCUAGUAUCGGUUUUGAAUAUUUGUUCCGAGGAGGAGCUGGAGGAUGCAGCCGAUGUUCACGUUCCUGAUAAAGCGGCCAGACGACAAAUUAUCCUGCAUAAGAUUCGCGCUGUGGCCCGGCUCAACCGGCAGUAUGCCAGAUUGCGAAAAGAGCGUGAUGCUUUGUUUGUGCUUAAAGGUUUGACACCGACGGACAGCAGUGUCGAUAUCAGUAACCUGGCCGACCAAAAGGAUAGUGAUUUGCCAUUUGAACAAGUCAAAGAAAUGGAUAAGGUCAACGAGAGAAUGCCAGCAAAAUUCUCCGACUCUUCCAGUUCAUUGUCAGACGCCUCGUCGACUAGUGCAGGGUCAAAGCAAUUAAGUCCAAAGUUGUCCAGCAAAAGAAUGAGUCAGUGAGCACUAGACCUUUUCAUUGUGCCUGACGCUUACAAUUACAUUAAAUACAAAAAUUUAUCUGUAUAUUUUAGUUAAAACCAUUUAUUUCACGUUUCUAAUAUUCCACUUUCGCUUUCUGUUGGCUCGUUGCACUAUGUGAUGAUCACUUUAUCUGUUUAAUGAUGCGCGGCUUCUAUUUACCAUGCACGAUGUUUCCCUUAAAUUUGUAAUGUUAUGUUUUAAGUAUUUAUUUCGAUUAAGAGCUUGAAUCACCUGUGAAAUCGGUAUAGGCA